CUUAAUAAUGGGCCAAUAUGUUGAGGUCCAAAUAAUGAAGUAGAGAGAAACAAAGACGGUAAAAAUCAUUGAGAAACCCUACAAAAACUUCUAGGGUUACCACCAAAAUUCACUCUAAUUGUUUGCUUUCAGCUCAAAGCCCUAACUCUGAAUCGUCUUCCUCAAACCAAUCGCGAAUUCUCUGAAGUAAGAAGAUUGAUUUAUCUAUGGCGGAUGUUGAGAAUCAACAGGAUUCUUCGUUUCCGGUGAAGCGGAAAUCUGAUCUGUUUUGCCAAGAGCAGGAUAAUGUGGCAAACAAGGCUCAGAAGCUUAAUCCUUCAUCGAAUUCUGUUGAGUCUGAGUCCAAAGACGGAGAAAUUAAUGGAACUGGCGUCGAGAAUCUGAAUUCUUCCACCGAGGAAAAGAUUGGUGCAGAAUCAUCGGUUUUAUCGGAGAAAGCAGCUGAAAAGGUUGAGAAUGGCGUAAUCGGCGAUCUUGGAGCUGAAGAUGAGGAGCAAGAAGAUGCAGAUGAAGAAGAUGAAGAGGAAGACGACGAGGAAGAGGAAGAAGAAGAAGAAGAAGAAGAGGUUGAUAGGAAAGGUAAAGGGAUUUCUCGAGAGGACAAGGGAAAGGGAAAAAUGAUCGAAGUGGAGGAAAGUGAUGACGAAGACGACAGUGAUGAUGAAGAUGACGAAGGUUUUGAUGAAGACGACGAAAGCGAUUUCUCCGAUGAUCCUUUGGCUGAGGUUGAUUUGGAUAAUAUCCUUCCGUCGAGGACUAGGAGACGAUCGAGCCAGCCUGGAGUUUUCAUCUCCAAUGAAAACAGUAACCGUGGUGUCAACGACGAGGAUGAUGAUAGCAGUGAUGAUAGUGAUGCUUAAAACCUUUAGCUAUAAGAGAGGUUAGUGAUUAAGAAAAAUCAAGAAAUUAGUUCCUUUGAUUCUAAUGAGAGUUUGUCUCUGUUCAGUGAUUAUUCGUUAUAUCUAAUGAUGUUUCAAACGCUUGGACCAAAGUGGGUUAUUAUAUAUAUCUAUGAUGUUCUUGCAAUUCAAUCCAAUGUGCCUCUUAUCUUA